GAUAAAUCUCGUUCAAUUUGAAGACCACUAAAACUUUCGCUCACUCUGUGUUUACAUCUUGCAAAAGACCACACGAUCUGCUCUACGCAACGGAUAUAGAAUCAAAUUUUAGAAAAUUUCUUGAAUAUUAUCGUUGGUUUGGUCAUUCAAUUUACAUCCCACAACAUGAAAAAGGAGGAAGCAGCUCAGCGAAAUGAGGAGGAAGUAGCUGAGCCACCUGAGGAGAUACCAACUCAGCCACGUGAGGAAGAAGCAGCUCAGCAAAAUGAGGAGGAAGUAGCUGAGCCACCUGAGGAGAUACGAACUCAGUCCCAUGAGGAGGUACCAGUUCAGUCAGUAAACGUGGUAGAAAUGUACCUCUAUCAAGUUGAAGCGAAACUUCGCAACGAGCCCAAGCUCUACAAAGAUUUCAUGAUCUUGAUGAAACACUAUGAGUCUGGAGAAAUAGAUCAACUGGGAGUUUUACGCAGGAUUGGUCACAUGUUCCAAGAUCAUCCUGAAUUAAUCGUUGGCUUCAAUCAAGUUUUAGCACCCGGUUACAAUAUUCAAGUUACAACAAAUGAUCAAGGCAACGCUGUCAGAAUCUUUUUAGGCAUGUCUAUUUCACCAGCAACAAUAACAACGGAAGAAAAUGUAGAAAUGUUAGUCGAUAGCACUUCAAGUUCGAACGAAGUAGUUGUGUCGCAGUCUAGUGAUUUGGUAUCGAGGACUCAAGCACGCAUAUUUGGAAAUGCCCUAUCGUAUCUUAAUGAGGUUAAAAAUAAAUUUAAGGAUCAGCCUUGGGUUUACCAUGAUUUCUUAAGCUUGAUGAAGAAAUGUAAAAAUCGAGCAUUAGAUACUCGAGAAUUUAUGCACAAAAUUCGUAGAUUAUUCCAUGAACAUGAUGAAUUAUUCGUUGGCGUGAACCAAUUUUUACCACCAGGUUAUAAAUUUGAAACACAUGAUGAUGACUAAUCAACUUUAGCUGUGCUUAUUGCACCACCAAUAGAAACAAAUUGUAAAUAAGGCAUUGGUUACGUAUCGCAUAGUUUCAAUGUAUUCAUUUCAUGGAAAUACUAGUUUGAUCACAAAAAUUUCAUUGGAUUGGACUGUCAUUAAAAAAGUAAUAAAAUUAGAGAUAUUACAAUUGACGUACUGUUAAAACUUUGAUAUAAAUUGUGAUUUUAUUUCGUCAGUACGAACAAUAACCUUGUAUCAAUAAAAUAAUAAAAUUUUAUCAAUUUUUUCUAUAAU